CUUACCUAAUUAACAUGAGACAGACCAUUCAAAGUCUAUAAAUUCAUCAGCGAGCAGAGCAUUGGUAUCCCAUACGCAAAGAGCCAAAAAAAUAAUGUUAGUGAAUCCGGAGAAUAUGUAUUCUUAUAAGCUUAGCACCCUCUUCACAAUAGCCCUCCUCCUUAGCUUGGCUCUAACAUACGCCGCCGUUCUUCCCGAGCCUGCUCCGACACGAGGAGAAUCUCUCGCUACAACUCGAUAUGGGGAUGCUGAAGCAAGAAACUUGGAAGUUGACGAGAGCUGUGAAGUAGGAGGAGCAAAAGGGAAAGAAGAGUGCUUGAUGAGAAGGACCCUCGCUGCUCAUCUGGAUUAUAUCUACACACAAAAGAAUAAGCCGUGAAGUACUUCUCGUCGAUACAUGUUGAUCUCUUCCCAAUCAUUAGCAUCAAAUCAUAAUUGAGUGAAUUGCAAUCUGCUGCUAUAACCAAAUUAAAUAAAUCGAGGUUUUUGGUCUGUAUCAAUUAUAUUUACACUUUAUACUGUCUACUGCCUCUCCCUAUUUUUUCAUGUUCAGAUUUCUUGCAUGUUUAGCCUUCAGUUCUAUUGGGUGAGUAAGAAGAGAGUUGGAAAGUUUGGAAUUUGGUGAG